AUGAAGAGUGUUGUAUUUCUCUUUUUCAAAGCUUCAUCAUCUACUCUCAGCCUCCGGAAACAGUACUAUAAUCUGUGUAAGGAAAAGACUCAGAAAAUUAACCCUUUUGUGUUUUACAUACUGAGCGAAGUGGAUGAACAAAUUAAAAAGGGGUUGGAAAAUGGAAUCACAUUAAACAUUGCUGGUAACAACCGCUUAGUACCUGUAGAAAGAGUAACAGGGGAAGAUUUUUGGAUACUUUACAGAAUUUUAAAGAAGAAUUCAUAUUUUAUUGGUUUGGAUGUCAGAUACAACACCUUAAAAGAUGUUGGUGCGUACUACGCUGCAAAGCUGCUUCAGAAACAACUUAAUCUCACUUACUUAAACCUCAUGUUUAAUGAUAUUGGGCCUGAUGGUGGAGAAUUGAUUGCUAAAUCACUACAGAAGAAUACAACUCUGAAAUACCUAAGGAUGACUGGAAACAAGAUUGGAAAUAAAGGUGGGAUGUUUUUUGCUUCAAUGCUGCAAAUUAAUUCAACUUUAGAGAAAUUAGACCUGGGAGACUGUGAUCUGGGCAUGCAAUGUGUGAUAGCAUUUGCAACAGUAUUAACUCAAAACCAAGCAAUGAAGGGAAUUAACCUAAACCGUCCUAUACUUUAUGGCGAGCAGGAAGAGUCCACAGUCCACAUGGGCCACACAUUGAAAGAAAAUCAUUGCCUUGUUGAACUACACAUGUGUAAGCAUGAUAUGACAAACAGUGGCUUUAAGCAGUUGUGUGAUGCAUUGUAUCUGAACAAUACCCUCCGCUACCUUGAUGUCAGCUGCAAUAGAAUAACUCGAGAUGGAAUGGAGUUUUUGGCUAAUGUACUGAAAAGCAACACUACCCUGGAAGUCAUAGAUCUUUCUUUUAACAGAAUAGAAAACAAAGGCGCAGACUAUCUCAGUGAAACUCUCGCCUCACACAACAGGACCCUGAAAGCGUUGUCAGUAGUCAGUAACAACAUAGAGGGAGAAGGACUUGUUGCACUUUCACGGGCCAUGAAAACAAACACCACUCUCUCUAACAUCUACAUCUGGGGAAACAAAUUUGAUAAGGCUACGUGUGUGGCAUAUUCAGACUUAAUUCAAAUGGGCCGGUUGAAGCCAGACAACACAGAUGUGGAGCCCUUCGUGGUGGAUGGAUGUGUUGAGCUGGCAGAAGUCUCCAAUGGCCUUAAAAAGCAUUAUUAUUGGACACCCAGUUACGGACAAGUUGACGACCACUUAUCUAAUGCAGGUUUUGCACUUGUACCAGUAGGUCAAGAUCUAUGAAAAACCAGAGCUCCACAGAGCUUAAUUCUUUAUUGCCUAAAUGUAUUUUCUUUCAGGUAUUAGAGCAUGUUACUUUUGUCCAAUGUGUAAGAGAUUGUAAGUGCACACUAAAAAAAAGAAACCUUAGUCUAAGGAACUUGCCAAAAUAGAGUAAAAAUUUUAACCCUGGAGAACAAGAUCAAGAAACCCAAUUAAACUUUUUUUCGAUUAAUUUCUUUACAUAGUGAAAAGAUAACAAAAAAACCCAGAAGACAAGAAAAGAUCACUACAGGUAUAUGAACUAGCGGUUGUUAAGUGCUUUUAAGAUGGUUUAGUGAAUUCAACAGUUCAGAAAAUUGUUCCUAUACCAUAUGAAAGCAUUACGUAAGUGCUAGUAGUUUCAUGAAUACAAGGGAAAGUCAAAAAGUAUUGCCUACUGGGGAUUCUAGUUCAUACAUGCAUGGAUUUAUUCCACACAAUGCGUGCUUAAACAUUUAAUCAGUGGAUAGCUGCAGCCAAAACCUCUCAGUAAUUCAUUUCUUGAUCUCAUUGGGGUGCCUUCACCAUCAAUAUACAAUCACAACCAUGGCUCCUGAGGAGAUCUGCUUCGUAGUUCAGUUCACGGAGGCAGGGCAGCAGUGAAGACGGCCCUGGCAAACUGCUUUAUGCCAGGAAUUCUUCCCAGUAAGACAGUGUAUUUUCGCAUUCUCCUAGGUUAGCCAGGGCUCUGCUAGGAGAAUUUAACUGAGAAACCUUACCUCAUCCACCCUCAUACAUUCCUGAUCUAAGACUUCAGACUUCUUGUUCCCCAAACAUGGGUUGAGUGCCUUAAGGAUGCCCAAACUGAUAUUUCGACCUGGUGUGAAUCAAAGAGCUCACAAUUCUUUAGGGGAAGGGUCAAAGGGAUGGAAACCUUGAGAAAUGCAAACUGUGUAUCGUAGGAUCCCAAACUAAAUUGGCCUACGUCUCCUUUUCAGGAGGGAAAAAAAAAUUAGGCAGUGCCCUCCUGGCAACGUUUACAUUACUGCCCAUCAUCCAGGAUAAAGUACAGGUAUCUGCCAUUGCAGCCCCGCCCCACCCAUGGAUCACUCCAGCAUCCCACACCCCGCCCCCACUCCUGAGCUGACAACCCCGCCUACUUUGGGAAACAUUGAUUUGGAUGUAGUACAUAUUGUGAAAUGAAAUCUUGUUGACAUUUUGGUAUUUGUCUAAUAAAGGAUCUAUGGUUGUUCAGUG